AUGGCUCAGAGGAAGACUGCAGCCUGCCUCCCCAAAGCACCCAUCAACCAAGACAACGCUCGUUUCUUCCUUCUCGCUGCGCUCAUUUUCCUCUACCUCCUGUGCGGGGCCGCCAUCUUCUCUGUCCUGGAGCACCCAUUUGAGCUCCGUGCCCGCCGCCUGUGGCGCCAGCAGCUGGAUAACUUCACCCGCCAAUACAGCGUCCACCCGAGGGCCCUGCACACCUUGCUACGGCAGUACGAGGAGGCCAAUGGAGCGGGGAUACGAGUGGACGCAUUAAGGCCUCGCUGGGACUUUUCCGGAGCGUUUUACUUUGUUGGUACAGUGGUCUCCACGAUUGGGUUUGGUAUGACCACACCAGCGACUAUAGCCGGAAAGAUCUUCUUAAUCUUUUACGGUCUGAUUGGCUGCGCUGCGACCAUCCUCUUUUUCAACCUCUUCUUGGAGAGGAUCAUCACCAUGCUGGCCUACAUCAUGCGCUGGUGUCAUGAACGUCGCCUUCGUUUCGGUGGAGUCGGCGACAUGUCUAGCAGGCAGGAGCCGUCCGGGGAGGAGGACAGCCUCGAAGGCUGGAAGCCUUCCGUCUAUUAUGUGAUGCUGAUUCUUGGACUGGCCUCAAUAGUGAUUGCAUGCAGUGCCUCUACACUCUACUGUUCCAUGGAGAACUGGAGCUAUGUGGACUCUCUGUAUUUCUGCUUUGUGGCCUUCAGUACCAUCGGCUUCGGGGACCUGGUAAGCAGCCAGAGGCUGCACUAUGAAUCUCAGGAGGCCUACCGGCUCGGAAACUGCAUUUUCAUCCUCAUGGGAGUUUGUUGUAUUUAUUCGCUCUUUAAUGUCAUUUCCAUCAUCAUCAAACAGACUCUUAACUGGAUCUUGGAAAAGUUGCUGUGUCCCGGGGACCGUCGGCUCUGCUCUUGUUCCGCAACCGGAUGCUGGUGGCUCUGCUGCCACUGCCCGCACGACAGAAAGCACAAUCGGAGGCAUCAGCCGGCACCCUUUGGGCAAAAACGAUCGAAGCGCAACACAGUCCAGCCGCUGCCGUCGCACUGUCCCGCAGGGAGGCAGCGUUACGCAGACGGCUCGGUGGAGACCGUGUACGACAGCGAGACGGACGGCGGCGUGGUAACGGACGGGGUGUACGUAGGCCGCCGGAUGUCGGGAGAAAUGAUUUCUGUCAAUGAGUUCAUGGUUCCCAAUAAGGUGUCUUUGGCAAUUCUGCAGAAGCAACUGAGCGAAACCGCUCACCAGGGGCCGCGGCAGAGUUAUGGCCACCAGAAUGGAUUUUCGGAGGGAGUAGGUGCUUUGGCCUUUAUGAAUAACCGUCUGCAGGAAACCAGUGUGGAUAGGUAG